CGUUCUUUUCUUCACCUCAGCGUAACAAUACCAGUUCUGCGCAUGUUCACAAGGUAGAGGAAGUUUCUUGAAGGUAAGAUGACUUUGACUUCUUUUACCGCAGGGAAACCGACACGACCACAUCUGCGAUGAGCUGGGCUUUCUACCUCUCGGGACUCCACCCGGACAAGCAGGCCAAGGUGCACGCAGAGUUGGACGAAGUGUUCGGCACCGACCGUGACCGCGACGUCACUAAGGCUGACGUCAACCAGCUCAAAUAUCUUGAGUGCUGCAUCAAGGAGACUCUUCGCCUGUUCCCUUCGAUACCACUGAUUGGACGCCACCUGGAAGAGGACUUGGUUAUUGACGGAUACCGAAUCCCGAAAGGUGCUAACGUCUACAUCAACCUGUUCAGUCUGCACCAGAACCCUAAGUACUUCAAGGACCCCCAAUCAUUCAUUCCCGAGAGGUUCCUGACCGAAGAGUUCACCGCACGCCACCCGUAUUCGUACCUACCUUUCUCUGGGGGCCCCAAGAAUUGCAUAGGCCAGCGAUUCGCCCUUCUGGAAUCCAAGGUGAUCAUGGCUAAACUAUUGCUCAAGUUCUCGGUCGAGUCGACGCGCCCGCUUGACCAAUUGCGAGUCAGCUACGAAGUCAUCGUGAAAGCCCGCGGAGGACUGCGCGUCUGGUUUCGGAGGCGCCCUCCGGUCAGCGACAAGUGGCAGGUGUCAUCAACGUGAAGACAGAGCCUUUUUCCUGCACUACGUAUUUGUAUAUUAUUUGUACCGCGUUACUACUUGUACCUCUUUUCGCACUAUUCUUUGUUCCAUGCUAGAAUAGAUGUGGCGCCAAUCUAGGUUUUUUUUCUUUGUUUUAGUUUUCCUGUGUUUGUAUAUAUCAGGGGAAUUGAAUGAAAUCCAAUAAAUCCUUUGGAU